UUAUAAAUCUCCUCCUCCACGCUUGUUUUCUCUUCAUUCCAAAUCCAACCAUGGCAAGCCAUUUCGUAGUUCUGGCCCUUCUCAUCUCUUGCCACGCCCUGGCUUCGACCAGCGCCGAAGAAACGGGCUACGUGGGCCCAGUGGAUCCCAAAACACUGGGCCUAUACAAGAAAGACAAGUUUAGCCAUUUCCACUUUUACUUCCACGAAACCUUCACCACAGACAACGCCACCACCGUGACGGUGGUGCAGCCCCUCCCCAAGUACAACGGAACCACCUCGUUCGGGUCGGUGUCGAUCAUGGACAACGCCUUGACCGUAGGACCCAACCGUACCUCCAAGGUGGUCGGAAGAAUCGAAGGCUUGGUGGCGGGCACGUCACAAUCGGAGUUUAACCUGUUGGUGGUUCUGAACUUCGCCUUAACCGAAGGGAAGUACAAUGGAAGCAGCAUCGUGGUGUUGGGGAGGAACCGUCUCUCACUCAAGGUUAGGGAGUUGCCGGUGAUCGGAGGUACUGGGGUCUUUAGAUUUGCCACCGGCUAUGCUGAAGCUAACACCGUCUUUAUUGAACCCACAGUCAGGUCUACUGUUGAGUAUAACAUUUAUGUUUCGCAUUAUUGAUCAUUUGUUUUUCCUUUAUUUUACUCUGUGUCUCGCGCUCUGUUGUAUUUGUAUCUUCUCUUCUUGCAUGGGAGGAGGUUUACCAGAUUUUACUUUUUUUAAUGUUCAGAUUGUAAUAAUUUCUAUACAGGGUUAAUAAUGUUUGCCAUCAUGGAUGGAUAUUGGAUAAUGAUACAACCAUAUGAGAUAUUGGAUUUUUCAAAA